CACUGAAUCGCCUAUCAAUUAAGAAUUGCCUGUUCAGGGAAAGCAGAAAGAGCUAGUCUAGUUAUUCAAAUUACGGAGUUUGAGUCCAAACGGCAAUAUUCGGAUUGGUCUUUAGCGGGGUAUCACGAAAAGUUGAAGAUAGUUGAGGCUGCUGAGCCAACAUGGCCCUCGACUCGUUCAACCCGGGUACAUUCCUUGACAACUGGUCCGACGAGGAGUUCAACCCAACCCACAGCGGCAAGCCCCUGGCUCGAUGUAUAGGCGAAGCGUUCGGCAUCCCACCCACAGACACAUAUGUCUACCGCGCCCAAGGCGAAACCACGCUGCACAUCACCGAACGAGCAAUAUCCGGCAAACGAGCUCAUGGCAUGCACAACUGGUACCACGAUGACGCCGGAAACCCAACAGAGCCACAACACCCUUCGUCUGAGGAGGUUGCCGCAUACACAUCCAUAUUUGACCCAUCUCUCAACCUGCCCAAAGCGCUCAAUGGCUUCAAAUCUAAUUCCAAAGCCAACACAAUACGAAAACAGGUUGCCGAGCAUCUGAGCUCACGCUUCCACAACACCACAAUCGGCCUGCUCCCCUCAAAAAAAGACCGCUCGCACAUCAACCCGUACCUCAGCCUUUGGACCUACUCAUGCCAGGAGCUAGAAUGGAGCGGCCCGAUCCCCUCCACCAGCUUUACAAAAAUCUCGCACCACAUUCUGCCCAUCUUCUACCACCACUUCGGCUGCAUCGUGCCCUCGUACGCGGCCCUGCACGUCCUCGCCAAAUUAAGCCAGCCGGCGAAACCGAGUAAAGAAGCUGUGAUACCAAUUCUAGAUGUAGGCAGCGGAAAUGGGUACUGGACAUACAUGCUCCGCCACUUCCCCUCCCCCUCUCCAGAAUGGAAAGCCCUAGACGUCCGCCCCAUCGACAGCGGACUCUCCGAAUACCGCAUCACUUGGAUCAAAGACACAAUCAAAAUGGACGGCCAAGAGUACUUGCAUCGCAACGCUAACGGCAAAGGGACCAUUCUGCUGCUAGUUUAUCCGCAAGCGACAGGCGAUUUCACUGGCCCGAUUUUGAAGAUGUUUGAGGGUGAUACGAUUGUGGUUGCGGGCACGCAGAAUGUGAAUGGAUUUACGGCGUUUCAGGACCAGGGUGUGGAUCAGUGGGUGGAGAAGAAUCUAAAGGCUUUUGAGUUGACGCUGAGGAUGCCGUUGCCAAGUUUUGCGGGGAAGGAUGAGGCGCUGUUUGUAUUUCAGAGGAAGAAGGUUUAGGAUGACAGGUGGUUGAGGGAGCAUUGAGCGACAUCGUUAUGCUCGUUUGGACCAGGCAAGUGAAUUGCCGGCAUAUGUUAGCAUGACACGCAAAGAUAUGGAGGCCUCCAGCGUCUUCAAGACGUCGUAAGGAUACAGCGUAGUGCUCCCUCAUGGCGACAAUGGAGGCUUAGUGCCAUAUGUACGUAGUACAUAAAUUUGUAGACGGCACGACGGUCGAUGUAUUGGUAGCAUUCCAGUGCUAUCCUUACUCGUAUUCGUAUCAUAACAUCGUA